CUCACGAAGCGCAUACACCGCAUUCAGCUGUCGCUAUGGCCCGUACCAAGCAAACCGCUCGCAAGUCCACCGGAGGCAAGGCUCCGCGCAAACAACUGGCCACCAAGGCCGCUCGCAAGAGUGCCCCAGCCACCGGCGGAGUCAAGAAGCCCCAUCGCUACAGGCCCGGCACCGUCGCCCUUCGUGAAAUCAGACGUUACCAGAAGAGCACUGAGCUUCUCAUCCGCAAGCUGCCCUUCCAGCGUCUGGUUCGUGAAAUCGCUCAAGAUUUCAAGACUGACUUGCGUUUCCAGAGCUCGGCCGUCAUGGCCCUGCAGGAAGCCAGCGAGGCCUACCUCGUCGGUCUCUUCGAAGAUACGAACUUGUGCGCCAUCCACGCCAAGCGUGUCACCAUCAUGCCCAAGGACAUUCAGUUGGCCCGUCGUAUUCGUGGAGAACGCAAGUACGGCCUGGAUGUUUGGCAGGACACCACCCUGGGCGAUGGUGACUCCGGACAAGAGUUUGUUCAAUUCUUCGUCAUUGCGGAUGGCCAGCUGGAGAUGUCUGGGGAUGAUCCUGGUCUUCUUGUUGUCACGAGCGGCAUUACCUGCCAACUCGAGGACCUCAGCGGCCAAGUAUUCCAUGACGGCAGCCAAGUAGACUGGAGCUCCAGCACCAACUCGCUCGGCGUAGUUGCCUUUGCGGAGCAGACGAUGAAUUCUGCCCACUGGGAAUUGAAGUCCAGCAUGGUCAAGGCUAGAUGUUUAGCCGCCGAAACCGUACAAGGUGCGGCCCUGCCUCUUGAGAGCGUAUACUACGUCCAUGGCUGUGACCGUCUUGCGCUUGGCAUGCUCGGUGUAAGUGACGGCGUCACGGAUGACGUUCUCAAGGAAGACCUUGAGUACACCACGAGUCUCUUCGUAGAUCAAGCCAGAAAUACGCUUGACUCCGCCACGACGGGCCAGACGGCGGAUGGCAGGCUUGACACAUAUCGUUCGUAUCGUUCUCACGAAGCGCAUACACCGCAUUCAGCUGUCGCUAUGGCCCGUACCAAGCAAACCGCUCGCAAGUCCACCGGAGGCAAGGCUCCGCGCAAACAACUGGCCACCAAGGCCGCUCGCAAGAGUGCCCCAGCCACCGGCGGAGUCAAGAAGCCCCAUCGCUACAGGCCCGGCACCGUCGCCCUUCGUGAAAUCAGACGUUACCAGAAGAGCACUGAGCUUCUCAUCCGCAAACUGCCCUUCCAGCGUUUGGUUCGUGAAAUCGCUCAAGAUUUCAAGACUGACUUGCGUUUCCAGAGCUCGGCCGUCAUGGCCCUGCAGGAAGCCAGCGAGGCCUACCUCGUCGGUCUCUUCGAAGAUACGAACUUGUGCGCCAUCCACGCCAAGCGUGUCACCAUCAUGCCCAAGGACAUUCAGUUGGCCCGUCGUAUUCGUGGAGAACGUGCUUAAGCUUCUACUCAUAAAGAUUUAUCAAACCAACAGUCCUUUUCAGGACUACAUAUAUAUAAAACGAGGAAAUUGAUUUAUUUGCACACGCAUUAUUCCAGUUUUUGCCAUAAGAACUAAUAACUCUACUACUUGAUCUCAUA